AUGGCUGUUUUACAGUAUCUCAAGUCCAGGAUCCCCACCCUGAAGCCUCCCAUGGACAAAGUGGUCAGUCCUUGGACCGCCAUGCGGAUGAUGAGUGGGCAGCAAUGGAACUUCUUUAUGGUAGACCUCUUCUUUCCCCUUGACGAGAGAGAAACUUUUGCUAACUCAGAGAGUUGGCAGUGCGCCUGGCUUGCUUGGGUUAUCGACGCCUUGGACUUUUUUACGGUCAGCUUAACGAUCACUCCGUUGGCGAAAGAAUUCAAUAAGCAAAAUUCGGAUAUCACAUGGGGCAUCACACUGGUGCUCAUGUUCCGCUCCCUUGGUUCCGCCAUAUUUGGCAUCUGGUCCGACAGGUUUGGCCGCAAGUGGCCCUUCAUCUUCAACAACUUCCUCUUCAUUGUUAUCGAGCUCGGCACCGGUUUUUGCAAGACCUAUGGCGAGUUUAUUGCUUGCCGUGCAAUAUUCGGUGUGGCCAUGGGUGGUCUCUAUGGGAACGCCGUGGCAACUGCCCUGGAAGACCUUCCGGACAAGUCUCGUGGUGUCAUGUCAGGCUUCUUCCAGGCCGGAUACCCCAUGGGCUAUCUCCUGGCGACGGCUUUUGCAAGGGCUCUUGUCGACACCACUCCGCAAGGAUGGCGAUCACUCUUUUGGUUCUCCGCGGGACCACCGGUUCUGGCCAUCAUCUGGCGUUACUUCCUCCCAGAGACGAACGCCUUCAUUCAACGCCGAGCCCUGCACGAAUCGAAUCCCUCCCCUGUCGGGUUUAUCCAUGAGGGCCUCCGGACGAUCAGGAAGCAUUGGUUGACGCUGAUCUACAUGGUCGUAUUGAUGGCGGGCAUCAAUUUCGUGGCCCAUGGUGCGCAGGACUUCUACCCGACCAUGCUCAUCAACCAGUUCGGCUUCACUUCGAACCAGAUGACUAUCACGCAAGUCGUUGCCAACCUCGGGGCUAUCUCUGGAGCUCUGAUUGUUGGCUAUAUCUCAGAGAUCAUGGGCCGACGAAUCACCAUAAUCUCCUCCUGCCUUUGCGCCGCGGCAUUGAUCUAUCCCUACACCCACGUUACCACCAUGCGCGUUGCAGCAUGUGCCUUCUUCACCCAGUUUUUUGUGCAGGGAUCCUUUGCGGUAAUUCCCGCGUAUCUGAUGGAGCUCUCGCCGGGCGUGAUUCGAACAUUCGUCGUGGGCACAGCCUACCAGCUGGGAAAUCUCGCUUCUUCACCCGCUGCUACAAUUCAGUCAAGAGUAGCUGAGCAACACUAUGCGCUGCCUCCCUCGCCUAGUGGGGUCAAGCGCUACGAUUAUGCCAUCGUUAUUUGUGCAUUCUUGGGCGCCUGUUUGGCUCUCGUUACGUUUACUACACUCCUCGGGCCCGAGAACAAGGGUCGUCAAUUCGGCGGGGAGGAUGAGAUCGUGCAUGCCGAGAACACAGACAAAAGCCAUGCAGGCAACGACAAGGCAUGGACUGAGACUAUUAAUCAUGAAGAGAAAGUCUAA